GCCCGGCGGCUCUGCCGGUCCCCGCCCGCCCCGGGCAGAUACCAAAGCGUUAAUCACCCGCUCGCCUCCAUUUCCUGUCCUGCUUCCCCUUUUCCUUCCCAAAGUUUGGGUAAAACCCAUGGCCGCGGCAGCAGCUCCGCUCAUGUCCGGGCAGGGAAGCCAGUCCUGUCCUGAAGGAACCGGAUGUCGGUGCCCAGGUGGGUCAGGUGUGCAGCAGCCCCAGGACAAGGUGGCAGUGGCAGUGGGGAAGACGCUCACCCUGAAAUGCACCACGUCUGAAAUGUCUGAACCAAGUCCUGUGAGGUGGCUGAAGGGCUGGGGCAGUGGGAACAAGACCAUCUAUGACCAGAGAGAGUCCUUUCCCCGUGUGACGAGAGCAGUGGAUGGGUCCAACACAGACUUCACCAUCCACAUCAGGAACGUUACGCUUGAGGACAUGGGCACCUACUACUGUGUGAAAUUUUGCAAGGGUGACACUGGUGAGGAAGAGGUGUUUCAGCGUGGCCGUGGCACAGAGGUGUCCGUGCAUGUGAAGUCCUGGAUGCAGAGAGCUCCCACCUGCCCAGACAGAGCAUCAAGGAGGAGAACAACAUCCACUACGCUGACCUGCAGCCUCUGCCCGCAGCCCCACGGCGCAGCAGGAGCCCAGGCACAGCCCCCACCGAGUAUGCCAGCCUCAGGGCAGCUGCCAGGUGAUGCAUGGCACCCCUGCCUGCACAGCCAGGCCCUGUCAGGGUGGAAAAUGGGAUGUUUCUGCAGGGCACAAUAAAGAAAGAUGUGGAGCUGUUUGCAUGGUGCACCCUGAUCUCAGCUUAGCACUCACCAAUCUCAGCUCAGCACACUGUCCUCAUCAUGCUUGCAUCUCGGGGAGCUCUCCCAGGACCUGAAGCCAUCUUGACCACAGGAUGAGACCAGGAGGCCAAGCACCUUUGCCUUGUGCAAGCUUUAUGGUGCUCAUGACACCAGGAGGACCACACACACCUGUUUCUACCAGCGUGGGCCUCCACUGCCCCUUUCCUGGCCCACAGGUCCAUAAUUUGUGUUAUCUUUUCACUGUUCUCAAUAAAGCCAGCAAACAGC